AUGGGAGCCUGUGCGAGCAAACCUAAGGAGUCUGAUAUCCCUGAAAACUCUGUGACUGAAAAAACUGUCGUCGAGUCCAAGAACGUUGAGGCCGAGGCUGUAUCUCAGGAGAAGGCAGAUGAAGUUGUUGCAGAGAAGAAGGAAGAGUCUGCAGAGACACAGAAAGAUGCUGAGGUAGCCAAGCCUGCUGAGGCUGAGACUGCCAAGCCUGCCGAGGCUGAGACAGCAAAGCCUGUCGAGGCUGAGACAGUCAAGGCUGCCGAGGCUGAGAAAGCUCCAGAGGCGGUGAAGACCGGAGAAGCUGUGGUCGAAACUGUUGUUGUUGAGAAAGCAUCUGGUGAGACUGAGCCACCAAAACAAGAGGAGGCUGUGGUUGCCAAUGACACCAAAACCAAGGAAGAGCCUCUUGUAACCCUUUGA